AUGAAACUCCUUCCAAUUUUUCUCGGCGCCGGUGUGAGUGGGUUACAGUGCCAUACUUGUACGCUUCUCGGAGGAGAAGAGACGACGCAUGAGAACUGCCCACUUGUAGAGUGCCCCGACAACGGUCAAGAAUACAGUUGCCAGAACGAAGCUAGAAAUCACCACGGCGUCUACUGGGUGAAGAAAGGAUGCAAACAGCGACAAGCAUGCGAGAACAACGAGAAGAACAACUGGAUGAAGUCUGGCCCACGAACUCAAUGCGACCCCAGCUCUACAACGAAUUCCGUUUGCCGAUGUUGCUGUGAAGAAGACAACUGUAACACCGAAGAUAUUUUCUGCGCGAAAGAUUUGCAGAGCAGUUGCGGCGUUCCUAAUCUUCCUGAAGGUCUCCAAACAGUCUGCGAUAAUUUUGACUACAACGGCAGCACAUGCAGAUUCACUUGCGCGGACGAAAAUCGACUUCUUCGUGGGGCCGCUGAGAUGAAAUGUGACGGUGAAAAUUGGGUCUCGGAUACAAACGAAGAACCGUUUUGUGAAGCGACUUGUCCACUGCCAAAUAUUAAAGAUGGAGCACUGUCGGGAUCCUGCUCUGAUCCUGCAUCAGGAAGCGUUGUCUGCGACUUUGACUGUCCUCCACUUGGAUAUCGAAUGGAAGGUCAAUCGAGGGUCCAGUGCUUGCGUGAUGUCAAAGCAAACGUCGCUUUCUGGGAAUCUGAAAUUCCGAAGUGUAUUCGAGUUACCUGCCCUGCAUUGGUCAAACUUGAAAACGGAACAGCGACUUGCACUGGCAACAAAUUCGAGGAUACCUGUCAGUUCGAGUGCAAUGAUGGAUACUUUUUAGAAGGCUUCAGCUCCCUCCAGUGCCUUGGUAGUCAGAGAUGGUCUGGUCAAUACCCGAAAUGUAUUGAAAAAGUAGAAGCUGUCAGUGAAGAGUCUCCUGAGGAGAUCACGAGUGCUACCCCGAAUAGAUUAGUUAUUAUGCCAAUUACGACGACUAAGACUCCAGAGCGAAGAAUUAUUACAUCACCAACGAGAAUUCAAGAAGCCACGCCAGCUAAAAUCAUAACAACAACGAAAAAAGUUACCACGACGAGAAAGACAACAACAACGAUAAAAACGACAACAACAACGCGACGACCAACAACCACAACAAGGCGAACAACAACGCAGUUCCAGAGAAGAGCGCCAUCACCUACAAGAAGAAUCGUUAUCUUUCCGGAGCAAACAGCGAAACCAACCUUGAUUCCUACAACAAGACGCAUAAAAUCACCAAGACCGAUGCCUGAAUGUCCGGAUUUGGUUCAUGCUGCCACGAAAAAAGUCUGCACGAGCGGUUUAUUUGUUGGAUCGACAUGUGAGUUUUCAUGUCCCGAAGGAUACAAAAUCGACGGUCCAACUUCCGCAACAUGCCUUGCCGAUCUUCAGUGGUCAAACAAAAUGCCCGACUGCACUUUCAAGGUAAUGGUAGAGCGGUGGAUCGUCGAUGAGGCGAUGAAAUUGGACUCUAACUGGAGCAAGUAUUUCCACUACAAUCCAGCCGAUUGGGCGGUUAGUGGCAGAACCAACGAACUCAUCGAAGAAUGGAUAGAAGUUGACAUCACUGCCGGCUGCCCGACAGAAGAGAUGAUGGGCGAGCUGGAAGAAAUGCUUUAUGAAAAAGGAACUGAAGCGGACUGGAGAUCGGUGGACGCGGCUCUCCUGGCGAAUAAUUGCAGACCAAUCAACCCUCAAUAA